AAAAUAUUGUGUCAGUCGCAGCAAUUUUUCGGUGCCAAUUUUCCACUAUCGAACCAUAUUUUCCAGCUUCAAAAGUGCGUAAUUUCGGAAUAGCAGUGUCGGUAGUUUGGAUUUGAGGUGUUGGUUGAGGGAAUUGGCCCAUUUUGGAUGGUGUAGAUUGAGGUUGAAGAGUUGUUUUGAGAAUUUGCAGCUGCUCCCAUAUUUUGUUCCACCACCCACCUCCCCCCCAGCUGCGUUUUUUUUCUGACAGGGUUGUUGUUGGCACCGGCACCCGACCACACAGUACCAGGGCAGGUGCCGCCGGCUGCUCCAGGAUGAGCAGCAAGGACAAGGACAACAACACCUUCAACAAGCUGAAGCAGUUUUUUCGCAUCACCAAGACCAGCGGAGCUACUCACCGUGACCGGAACUACUUUCCCAUCAGUGCGGAGUUGGAGCGGGAACUGCAGCCGGAAACGCCCGUCGGUCAACGCUGCAAGGCUCUGAAGGACUUGAGCGAGGAUGUCAUCAAGUACCGGCUCGAAGUGGACUCGGUGCAGCUGCUGUGGCACCUGACGAAGGACCUGAUUGUCGGGAACAAGUCCACCGAGCAGCGGCACGUCGCGCUCAACUUUUACUGCAAGCUCAUCAAGGGUCAGUACGACAACCUGAAGCUGAUGCGGGCCCAGUUCUUCCGGGUGAUUGUGUCCCACGAGGAGCCCGAGGACAUUGCCUACCGGCUGGAAAUGCUCAAAAGCCUCACCGAAAACGGCAAGAACAUCCAGUACUUCGAGAAAGAAAUCGGCUCCUUUCUCGUCCAAUGGAUCUCCCAAAUCGACCAGGCCGGCCUCAUCGUUCCCCUGCUCGAACUCAUCGUGAACCUGGUCAAGUACAACGCGGCCAGCCUAGAGAAAAACUUCCUCGUCGGAAUCGUCAACUACAUCUUCGAUCUGACAUGCCGCGUCGAAGACACCCAAACCAUCCUGCUGUCCCUGACCGUACUCGACUGCCUCCCCGGGUACGCCAUCAUCCCGAACGAAAUCCUCACCCUGUUCAUCGUGAUCCUGUGUCGCACCGUAAAUCGCGAAGCGUACUGCCAAACCUCGUGGAAGAUCAUGAAGAACCUGUUUGGAACGGCGCUGGGGCACGCGACGCUGCUCACCAUGUGCAACAUCCUGAACGAUCGUACCUUUUACCGGGACGAGGCGCUGCUCCGUGGGGCCAUCUUUCACACCAACAUGGGACUGUGGGGCGUGAGCGGAUCGGCCAUCCUCAACUGUCCGCCGUCGAUCGUGCUGACGAGCUUUUGGAACGCCCUCAAAAGUGAGCACGUAGUGGUUACGUUCGAGGUGAUUCUCAGCAUUCACCGGCUGAUCCAGAAGAAUGGCCCAGAGCUAAACGAACCCACGUGGGACAUCAUUUGCGACAUCAUGACGGAGAUCUCGUCCAACCUGGCCAAGUACCGGCUGCCAAACGAUAACCACGUUGUGCGGAACUUUCACGAGACGCUCGAUGUGAUCGAGGAUCUGCUGCAGCGGAACGACAUCAGUGCCGACCCGGACAAGAUCUACGGGUUGAUUGAGAAGGUAUCGAGCGAGCGGCCGGAGGCGUCCGUGAGGCGCUUGAUCGAAUACAUGACGACGAAGAUUUCGGCAACGCGGCCUGAGUGGCUGCUGGAGUUGUGCUCGUUUAUGGACCGGUUCUACAAGAUGAAGGGUACGAUGAUCCGGAUUUACGCGGUGCAGGCGUUGGUGAAGAUUAUGAACAUCAACCGGGCGGCUUACGAGGAGGAGAUUCUGGACCGGAUCGUGAUGGUGCAUUUGGCUGGGGUUGUGCACGAGAUGGAUCCGGAGGUGAGGACGGCCGUCGCGGGGGCGUUGAUCAAUUUUAUCAUGCAUUGUGACACGAAGCGCUGCUUGGAGUUGUUGGAGAUUGUGGGAAAGAUGCUGCAGCGUCCGUACGAUUGGUACGCGCAGGAUCGACGCGUCGUUACCUCGGUGCGGGACGUGGCGGACAUUAUCGUGCUGGUGGAUGGGUUGAUUGAGAUAUUCGGCGUAAAGUUGUACCGGUUGCCGUCGGCGCACGCAAUCCGGGUGUUUCACCUGCUGCUGCGUCAACUCGAGCUGCACUAUGAAAGGCCGAUUGUCUUCCAACGGGUGAACGUCGUUCGGUACAACAUUUUCAAGUGGAUGUUGAAGGCCCGAGCGAACGCGUCGUUCCACGUGGGCUACCCGGAGACGGACAAAUCGACCAAGAUUCGGUUCAGCCUUUAUUUGGGCGUUGAAGGGCCGUUUCAGCAUCAGAGCACUCAGCCGCCGCAAUCGAGCAGCGUGGCCGGACAAUCGGGUCAAUCGUCGAGUCAGCUGAACCUGGCCCAACAGCAGGACGCCAAAGCGGCUGACGCAAUGCCUUCGGCAGGGUUGACCACGAUUUCGAUCAAACGCGGUUGUCAAAUCAUUGUUGAUUGCCUGCGCGAGGAAAAAGACUGGGAAGUUAUUCAGCUGGUUCUGUCCGAGCUGCCCAACAUCAUGGAGAACAAGGCCCUGAUUCAGGGCAACGACGUGGACUCGCUGGCGAAAACGCUGUUCCGGAUGUUCAACGAUCGGAUGCUCACAGACAAGUUGAUCUUCUACACGAACAAACCUACCCAAACGGACAUCCACGAUCUGGUGCUGCCCGUGUUGGCCAGUCUCGCAACAUACCACCAACACUUGGAGUUCCUCACCAAAAAGAACAUCAUCGACGUCCUCAAGAACGGCCUCAUCUCUCGACGACCCCAAAUUUGCAUCCAAACCCUGACGGUCCUUCUGCUCGAGAUGCCCGAUCCUCUGGUGCCCAAACUACCCAAUCUACUCUACGAACUCAGCAAAAUGACCACCAGCAUAACGGUGGCCGUUCCGGUCCUGGAGUUCCUCUCAACCCUAAGCCACCUCCCAAACGAUCGCAUCGCCAACUUUGUCGUGGUCGAUUACAUGUACGUCAUGGCAAUGUCCUUCCCUUACACGAACCCGUACCGCUACGACCACUACACCGUAUCGCUGGCCCACCACGUGAUCGCCGGCUGGUUCCUCAAGUGUCGGCUGCCAUUGCGCAAAAACUUGGUCUACUACAUCGUGAAGGCCCUUGACUCGAACGUGCACACGCCCUUCCAGGACGGCUCGAGACCCCGCGCCGAUUUCUCCCAGGUCAACGAAGAUUCCUCCAACCGGAAGCGCAGCUCCAGCCUAACCGAGCAAGGCUCCAAACGUCGCGGAGCCGGCGAUCGCGCCACAAUCCAGCAAGCGCAACAAGCCCAACAAAAGACCAACCAACCCAACUUCAACAGCGACCUCUACAACUUCCACUCCGAGCUCGCCGAAACGUGCAUCGACUUUAUGGCCAACCACACGUACUCGCCCUGCUCCGGCCUAGCGAAGCGCAGUCCCGCCGCCGAGUUUCUCCUCCGCGGUGGGCAAUCCAACACGUGGCUCCUCGGCCACAAUCUUGUUACGAUCACGACCAGCGGCUGCUCGGCCAUUCCGCUGCGCAACGGACUCUGCGAUCGGUGCUUCACCAUGUGCAAGGACAGCAAGUCCUCGACGACGACGACGACGACGGUGGCGGCUUCGGCGGCUGCGGCGGCAGCUUCGUCUGAACCGAACACCGCCAGCACCGGAUUGUCUGCGGAUUCGAGCUCGAACAAAGAUUCGGGCAUGGGCACCGGGGUCCUCGAGUCGCAAGCCGCCGUCAACAAAAGGUAUACCAAAGCAAGUUUGCAACAUAGUAGCGCAAACGAAUCCGACAGCACCGAUCUGGUGACGACCAGCUCUUCGACGUCCUCUUCAACACCAGCGGCGCUUUCAGCAUCAUCAGCUGGAAACGCCACCGGCAAUCGCUUCUUCCGCCAGGGCUCCCAGGAGGGUGGCUACUCGUCGAGCUCGCUGGAGACGCUGUCCCGCCGGGGCAGCAACCCGGAUCCGACGGCGGCGGACAGCGGUUCCACCGAGCAGCAGCAGACUCCGGCAGCGACGCUCACCAGCAAAAAGGCGGCGGGUGCGACUGCUGCUACGGGGGAUGCCGCGGACAAGCCGAUUCAGCUGUGCGCGUGCUCUUGCACGGGUUGGGCGGAGAUUUGCAUUCGACGGCCGACAGGAAUGCUGUCCUGGAUGAUGAGGGUGCAGAACCAGAUUAACUAUGAUCAGUCGAUGGGAGAGUUUCCGCUGCAGGACUUGACGACACUGUUUGUGCCCAGCCUGGACGGAGGCAUCGUGGGUGCGGACUUUUUCGGGCAGGUUGUUCCGACUGCUGGUGGCGGGGAAGUUCCACCGGCGGUCAUUCCCAGCAAAGAGUUGGACGUGGUUGCAGGUCCAUCAGCGGUUCAGAUUCCACCGGCCACGUUGAAGGCUACCAAAGUGUCCAUCUCGGACGAGGUAUUUGAGAUCCGGAAGGACGAAGAGAGCAGUGACAUGGGAGAGGACGAAGAUGUGCUGGUUGAGCCGCAUGAGGCUACUAUUGGGACCACGACGGGCCCGAUCGAUAUACCGCGGCACGGGGCGGUUGCAGAAGAUGCCAACGAAGAUGAGGACGAUGUGGCAUUUGACGAUCCCGAGGGAAGGUCACGUAAUCCGGUGCGUCGAGUAAACUCGAGUCCCGAAAUGAGCUCCAACUGGAAGAACCAGUUCUUGAACAAGAUCAACAGCAAGGAAGGCGAGGGUUUCGAGGGACCGAUGGAAAUGGAGGUUCAACAGAAGAAGAAAAACUACGGGAAAGGCGUCAGCUGUGAGGCGAUCCCGGAAGAAAUAGCUGGAUCAACGCCCCCAAGUGGACCUAAAACUACCACUCCAGCUCCUCCAAGUGACAGCUUGACCGUCCGAGCGUCGGGAAAUGUCAGGCAACAGCCAGAUUUCACCACAUCCGGAGCGACUCUCCACCCGUCGGCCUCUCUGCCGGAAUCCUCCGAGGCAGAACCAUCAACCACAUCCGCCCCAAAGAAGCAACACUCUGCCGACGACGCCAUCACCGGAGGUCGCCUCGAAGCGACCAGCUCGUCUACGGAGACCAUUGCUUCCCCAGCGAUGAUGAUGAAUCCGAUAGCCCAAACCCUUUCCUCGUCCUCUCUUAACCUUAAACUCCCGAUGGAGAAAAUUACCACCAAACCGCCUCAAUCCCCUGCCCCGCUGUCCCCGCGCCUCCUCGCACGCAACGCCAUUAACGGCAAACUGUCCAACUCGGGCACAGCCUCCCCGGCGUUCCCCGCCAUCUCCGGCGCCGGGACCAUGCACCCCACCUCGAACGAAAACGACUUCCCCCGCGGGCGCUCCAAAACCAUUUCCGUAGCGCGCGAGCACUACAGUCGGGACAACCUCAAGUGGGGCGGCUACAGUAAAAGCUCUGCCCAGUCGCGCCUCCGCGGUGAACAGGCCGGCGGUGGUGGUGGCGGUGCCGCGACCCGCUCCGUCAUCAGCCCGAGCUUCGUCUUUCUGCAGCUCUACCACAGCGGUCAACUCAACUCGGAGAAGCCCAUCCUCAUGGACAAGGACGCCAGCGAUCGGGCCAUCCACCUGCUCGACCUGAUCGCGCCCUUCGAAAAGCACAAGAUCGGCGUCCUGUACGUUGGACCCGGCCAAGCCGGCAACGAGGCGGAAAUCCUCAAGAACCGCUUUGGAAGUCUGCGAUAUGCGAAAUUCCUCCGCAAAUUGGGCACCCUGGUCGCCAUCAAGGAGGCGAAGGAGCAAAACUUCUUCAUCGAUCUGGAGUGUAACGGCAAGGACGGGAACUUCACGUACAUCUGGCAGGACGACAUCGUGCAGGUGACGUUCCACGUGGCGACGCUGAUGCCGAACCACCGGCACGAUCCCAACUGCAACGAGAAGAAGAAGCACAUCGGGAACGACUUUGUGUCGAUCGUGUACAACGAGAGCGGCGACCCGUACGACCUGAAGACGAUCAAGGGUCAAUUUAACUACGCCUGUGUGGUGAUCGAACCGAUGGAGCUGGACAGCAACCGCGUCUUCGUGCUGGCUCGGGACGAAAUUGCGCAGCACGUGAGCGCCAAGCCCAAGAUUGUGUCCGAUUCGGGCGCACCGCUUCUGGCCCGCCAGAUGGCACUGCAUGCAAAUUUGGCUUCACUGGUGUCGCAAUCGCUCAAGAUCAAAAACCAGAACCCGUACGCAUCCAACUGGCUGGAGCGGCUGCGGAAGAUUAAGAACAUACGCGCCAAGGCCGCCAGCAGUGUGGACACGCAGGAGCAGCAGACUACCGGCAGUGGUGGGCCGGUUCGUGGUCCCGGCGGAAGUGUCGGAUCGGCGCAGGAUCUGACCACGGCCUCGACGACGCGUGGCGACGAUUUCACCGUUUAUACUCAGUAGAAGGAAGGGGAUUGUUGUGGGGGGUUACGAACUCCGUUGGAAGGAACGAUUCAAUGCACCCCGUUCUACUUUGCGUUACUUUUAUUGCUUAAUGUGAUGUGCACUUUAUUGGUUGCUGGCAAAACGCCUCUGGGCAUGUUCAUAGAACGGAAGCUUGGAAUAAUAAAGAGACCAUCAAAUACUGUUACAACAA